AUGAGUACGGCUGGCCUUGAAGACCGUCUAGAUGCCAGGGUUUCGAGGCCAUCGAUAAGGUCUACCUCAGAAUACAAUCACCAGUUGGUAGUGGAGACGGACGCGGGACAAUCUCUGACCUCAAAGCUAGAAGACCGUCACUCCGAUGAGAAGAAUCACGCUGACGGAAAACCGAGCUUAAUGCCGGAGCAGCAAAAUGUCAGCCCACACUCGGCUGAGGAUAUAGUAAUAGCAAAGCCGGCAUCCUCAGUGAAUCCAGCGGGUGAUGAACUGAAUCUGUCUGCCUCGAAGUUCCAACGGAGUGGACCAUCAGAAGAGCAACCACUGAGAAGUUCUCCUCGACCGACAGUAUCUCCAUCCAUUAAGGAACUCUCAAAUCAGAAUAAACCACUUGUGGAGAUAAACGAUCGACCUUCAGGUUCAAAGGAAAUCGAACGGUUUAGUCCUCCGGACGUCGUUCUGAGGCAACAAGAGGAUGAUCAGGACCAACGGCAGCAACGCCAUCCAGAAGAGGAGGUGGAGGAUAUUGGUGAGCAUUACGAUAAUGACGACAACGGACAGCUGACCAGCGAGUCGAGCCAAGACGCAGAUUUAGCUGACGAAAACUCUGAUGCGGCCAUUGACCCCAUGAUACUGAAGUAUAUGGCCAUUGUGAAGGAGCAACAGCAAAGCCUGCAAAAGCAGCUGCAGCAGCAAAAGGACUCCGAAGAAGGGAGAGGAUCAAAGGAGGGGAAAGGGUUCGAUGCACAGGAGCAUCCUGCUACUGCAAAAAAGCCGACACUUGAGGACUUCUUGACCAAUGAUCAGUUCGAGUCCGACCGCAGCGCACGACCCGAGUCUGUCCUCGCACCCCGUCCGACCUCGAAGUCUGCGGAUGAGCAAAGGUGA